GAAGUGGAUCAGGUUCUCACACGUUUGAUUUGACCAGCUCAUUGAGGGGCUUGAAUCUUGACACUACUUUCAAUGACACAAAUAAUUAUAGUCCACCAUAUACACCACCUUCAUAUAGUAGCAACAAUAGCCAAUUUCAUAAUAAUGGGACUUACUACGAUCAUCAGGAGGAGGUCCAGCAAAAUCGUGGUCCUGUGUCUGCAGCUGCUUACGUCCCACCUAUUGGACACACUUCUAUAGCUGCUGCCCAAGCUCAGGCUCAAGCCCAGGCACAAGUACAAGCGAAUGCCUUACCAUCGUUAUCUGCUACUGCUUCUUUAUGGAACAACAAUGAAAGGGAAUCGAUUGUUGGUAACCGUGGAGCUAAUAUGAAUCCACCAACCUCACAUUGGCGAUUCGAUCCAAUAACAGGCCGUGCUUUGACACCACCACAGAAGACACUACAAACUAGAUUGCAACAAAGUAAUAGCAAAUCUCCUUCAUCACAAUCCCCAUCGAUGCAAGAAAUGUUGUCAUCUACAGAUAUUUCAACGAUGGUACAACAAAAUGGUUACAAUCCUUCCCAAUUUGAUCUAAACCCUUCACACGCUAGAUAUUUCGUUAUUAAAUCCUAUACAGAAGAUGACGUCCAUAAGUCAUUAAAGUAUAACAUUUGGGCAUCUACAGAGCUAGGCAAUCAAAGAUUGGAUAGAGCAUUCAACGAAAGCGCUAAUAGAGGACCAAUUUAUUUGUUCUUCAGUGUCAAUGCCUCUGGACACUUUUGUGGUAUGGCACAAAUGCUCACACAUGUUGAUUACACAACCUCAUCAUCAGUUUGGGCACAAGACGGAAAAUGGAAAGGAGUUUUCAAAGUCAGAUGGAUUUUCGUUAAAGAUAUACCAAAUUCUACACUUAGACAUAUUAAAUUAUUGAACACGAAUGAGAAAAAGCCAGUAACGAAUAGUAGGGAUACUACAGAGUUGUUAGAUGACGCAGGUAAAGAAAUGUUAAACAUUUUCUUCCAAUUUAAUUCAAGAACUUCAUUAUUACAAGAUUUCCAAUUCUACGAAAUACAAUCUAUACAGAAGAACGUUGCACAGAGUAAUAAUAAGAUUUCACGUCAAUCUCCAAACCUACAUGCCAAUCCUUUUGCAAAUGUCUCUCAUCAAGGAUGGUGAAGAGAUAAAAUUAUUUAUAGACAAAGCACUCUCGUUUUAAUAGCACUAAUAAUGAACUUUCUUUUAUACACAAAGCCAAAGCGAUUAAAUAUUUUUUG